CGAUUUAGCAGUUAUAUGAUAAUUUCUUUUGGAGUGGGUCAAUUGAAACGGAAGCUUACCCAAGAUGACACCUUAUACGUUCACGCGCCUUCUUUGCUUACUGGUGUUCGUGCAAUGGUCGUUUUUAGUGGAAGGGUCUCACUUCAGACAUGCCGUCAUGAGCUUUGUUCCGACAGAUGCUGAUAACAACACGCUACGGUUUACCUUCCGUCUGGCUCUUCGAAGGUCAUAUUAUUCAUAUUACUGUGAUGAAAACACAAUUAACUUAGGAGGAAUUAUUGGAUCUGGAGGUUCUUGGACAGCAAAGUGUAGCGAUCCAUUCAGUGCAGUGUGUUCACCGAGCUAUUAUAUCGCGGACACUCGUUUUCGUUGUACUGACUUUAGUCGCAAUGAAGACUGGUCAAUGGGGGAAAAUAACUUCACCUAUACUUUUCCGUCUGGCAAUCUGGAGUGGAAUGUGAGAUACCAAAGUUGCUGUUGGAUUUCCAAUCUUGUGCGAUAUGCUGACUCACAAUGGUCGGUAUCCACCAAAAUAAGUCUCUCUAGACGAUCUGACAGCGGCAAAAUCAACUCAUCCCCAGUCUCCAAGAGCCCAGCUAUUGUACGGUUUCAACAGGGCUGUCACAAGUCUCUUACAAUUCCAGUUGAAGAUCCGGAUGGCGAUUUUGUGAAAUGUCGUUGGGCAACUAGCGCCGAAUCCUCCAUACCAAGUGAUAGUUUUCCUUACGGUGAACUUGAUGAGAAAAACUGCAUUUUAACUUACAGAGGUGGACUUGGAGCAUCGGGCACAUACGUAGUAACCUUAACUUUGGAAGACUUUCCAGCUGGAACCACAAACUUCAACAACAUCAGACCAUUCAGUGCUGUGCCACUGCAGUUUCUUGUCAUAAUAGGCGUUGGAUCUGGUUCUUGUCAAGACAUACCUGUUUUUACUGCUUCCACACCUCAAAAUGGUGAAUGCUCAGAGAUUCAGAUUGGGUCAGUAUACAAAGCAGUCAUUGAGGUGCGGCUUCCGAACGUUAGUAAACAUAUUGUUGAGAUAACCACAAGCUCUCCACUUGGAAUGCAACUGACACCAUUAAGCUCCCAUGGAGGCAUCUUCUUCAGGAAUGUCACGUGGUAUCCGAGUCAGAACCAAAUUGGGCAGCAGUUGUUCUGCUUUCAAGCUUUGGAUUCAGACGGAUUACAAAGUGAAUGGCGUUGUGUCACGAUCCUUGUGGGGCUAAGUAAUACGCCUCAUGUUAUUUUGGGUACACGAAGGCCAGUAAGUCCGAUAAGUGAAAUUGGAACAGGACUAAUAUGGUGGAGUAUUCAUUUUAACAGAGUGAUAAAGAAGCCUCGUAGCUCAGCAUUCAUCCGAUUGGUUCUGCAGUCAAAUGGUUUUACCGUCUUCAAAGUGAAUGCCCUCUCUGGUUACGUUAUUGUGGACAGUAAUCGCACAGUACUUCAUUUUGCCACGCCGAAGGCUGCACUGAGCAUGAACGGUUCAUAUGCCAUCUUGAUAGAUCCCGGUGCAGUAGUUGGGCAGGGGUGCUCGAAUGAUGGUCCACCAACACCUGGUAUAACCUCACCCAGAGACUGGGCCUUCCCCGUAGAUGGUGUCUGCCCUCUUGGUUAUGCUCUGGUUUCUCCAAGUUUUCAAAAGUGUGAGGAUAUAGACGAAUGCGGCGGACAUCAUCGGUCAAAACGUUCUCCUUGGUGGUACAAUGUGUUUUCUCAAAAUUCAGGUAGAUAUACCCACUGGUACCAUCAUUUUUGUGAUGCUUCCUCAUGCUAA